AUGGCCGAACCUCUACCUUACCAACCAAUAUUCGUUCCCACUACAGAGCCGUGGAGACAUCCACCAGCCCAAUACAUUCGCGGACAUGCCCUUCUACCCAAUGGAUGGUAUCAAGACAAUCGAAAAUUGCGACAUCCAAAAACGUUUAAAGCUUUCGUCUGGCCGAAAGACGGUAGGAAUGGUUCCAAGUUGGGCCGAAUGAAAGACAUUCUCAAAGGCGAAGGCCCCGACAUCUUCGUCGGCUGUGCGGCUGAUGCAAGAGAUUUUAUGGCCAAGCGUCCAUCGCGAUCCCAGUGGUCCAAGCAUGUCCAUCUGGACGAAGGCCCCUUCAAGCUCGCCUUCAAUCCUACCAAGUUCGCGCCUUGGACAGAGGGAGGUAUACUGUCAGAUGGGCGUUCACGCGAUAUGGCCUACGACUUCCGCACGAGAAAGCACGUGAAGUGGCAUGCCGGUAUGUGGUCGGACGCGGUUUGGCAGCCAGAUCCAUACACGAACAGAAAAUGGAACAUCUUCCCCGAAGCUCUACGAACGGCGCAUGGUGGCUGGUGGCAGGACAAUCAACACCGACCACAUGUUCUGGGCGGUCCAUUUGACAAUGAGUUCGGCGCUGGUGUCUCCUUAACCUAG